AAUGUAUUCUUAUCUUUUUAUAUUAUGUACAAUAUAAACCCGAAAUUUCCACAAAAAUAAUUUUUAUUAAUGACUUGUAAUUUUUUUUAAAUACUAGUUUUUAAAUAAUUUGUAAGUACUUAAACAGUUUUAAAAAUGAGUGUAGAUAUGGCCGAAGAAGGACAAGAUGACGAGACUGUAGGAUAUGGUGGUUGUGAAGGACCCGAUGCAAUGUAUGUUAAGUUAAUAUCAAGCGAUGGUCAUGAAUUUAUUGUAAAACGUGAUCAUGCCCUCAUGUCUGGCACUAUCAAAGCUAUGUUAAGUGGACCUGGUCAAUUUGCUGAAAAUGAAACUAAUGAAAUUCAUUUCAGAGAAAUACCAUCUCAUGUUUUACAAAAAGUUUGUAUGUACUUCACCUAUAAAGCUCGUUAUACAAAUAGCUCUACUGAAAUACCAGAAUUUCCAAUCCCACCUCAAAUAGCUUUAGAAUUGUUAAUGGCAGCCAACUUUUUAGAUUGUUGAACUAAUGUUUAUCAAUCAAUUGUGAACAUGAUUAAUAAUAUUUUCCAUGAUAAUUUCAGAUUCAUCUAUUUAUAUAAAAAAUCUUUGUAUAAUUUUAGAAGUUAAAAAAUAUUAAAUGUAUGAAUUUAGAAAAAAUAGUUUAAAGUACUUUUGUAAAAAAAUCUAAUAAAUAACAAAAAAUAAAUUAA